AUGUCUAUGUCCAAUUACUAUAAUGACCCGACGCUACAGUACUAUCACGACGACAUGAUGCGCGGACGGCCACCGAGGAGGAUGGCAUUUCGACCGCAACAGAAUGGCGGAAUCGAGGGUCCUGUGCAGCCGGUGUUAGCCCGAGGCGUCUGCAUACAUUCUGUUGGUGUAUUCCAGUCAGCACUUCCGGUUGAGAAUGGGCUGGUGACGGCGGGGAAAGAGAUGCACCGGCAAUACACAAAUCAGAGCGGCAGCGAGGCCGAGGAGUUCACCCAGGAGGAGCUGCAGGAAUUCGCGCAGGCCUUCAAGAUGUUCGACAAGGACGGGAACGGGACGAUGAACAUCAAAGAAUUGGGCGUGGCGAUGAGGACGCUAGGAUUGAACCCGACGGAAGAAGAGCUUCUCAAUAUGGUGAAUGAAUACGACGUCGACGGGAACGGCAAGAUCGACUUUGGCGAGUUUUGCAAGAUGAUGAAGGAGAUGAACAAGGAGACCGACCAGGAAUUGAUACGACUCGCUUUCAAGGUGUUCGACAAAGACGGCAACGGCUUCAUCACGGCCCAGGAGUUUAAGCACUUCAUGACGACGAUGGGUGAACGGUUUACGGAAGAGGAAGUAGAUGAGAUUAUUCGGGAAGUCGACAAGGAUGGAGAUGAACAGAUCGACUACGAAGAAUUCGUGAACAUGAUAGCGCCAAUCGUGCAAGAGGGCAACAAGGACGACCCAUUUGCCGACCCGGAAAAGACCAACCAAGACGACCACAAAGAGACCAAACCCGCCAAAAAGGGACACAAA